CGCAUAUAAAGUUCCGCGGAGAAGAGGCUAGCCGCAGUCGCCGUCUGGCCUCGCACGCUCCGUACAAAAUGAGGAUCCUUGCGACUACGGCGUGGGUGGUGCUUGCCGUCGCAGCGUCACUCGCUGUUCCCAUCAAAGACGAACAAGCUCUCUCCAGGGAGAAGCGAUCUCCUGGAGGAUGGCACUCUCCCCCACCAGAAGGAGUUUGGAAGAAAAAACUCGUCUGGAAGGAGGAGUGGAAGCAGAUCUGGAAAACGGAGAAAAAGCUAGCCUGGAAAACUGAGUGGAAGAAGGAGAAAGUGCCCGCUUGGAAAACGGAACAAGUCCAGCAGUGGAAGGAAGAACAAGUCCCGGCGUGGAAAGUAGUGCAAAAACCAAUCUGGAAGGAAGUACAGGUCCCCAUCUGGAAGGAAGUUCAAGUGCCAGACUGGAAAAAGGUCUGGAAACCAGUGUGGAAGGAAAUCCAAGUCCCGGUCACUAAAACUAUUCAAGUACCAGAAUGGAAACAGAACUACAUCCCAGCGUGGGUAAAGGAGGGCGUUCCCGGAGAGAAAUACUUAGGAAAAGACGACCACGGCUGGGAAUACACCAGCCACGACCUCUGGAGGAAGAAGAUGAUCUGGAAGCCCGUAUGGAAGAAAGUCUGGAGGACUGAGCAUAAACAGGAGUGGGUGACUGAGAAAAAACUCGAAUGGAAAGAAGAGUGGAAACAAGUUUGGAGGACUGAGAAGAAACAGGCUUGGGUAACGGAGAAGAAGCAAGAAUGGGUAGAGGAGAAAGUUCAAGUCUGGAAGACGGUCAAGAAAGAAAUUUGGGUACCUGUGCAGAAGAAAAUCUGGGUAGAGAAAUGGAAGCAAAUCCAAGUCCCAGUCUGGAAGACCGUAGAAGUGCCGGCUUGGAAGAAGGUUUGGAAGCCGGUGUGGCAGAAGGUCUGGGUUCAGGUCCACCACGAACACCAUGGAUGGGACUAAACCUAGGUACGCUCCAUGACAAAUUUGUACAUAUAAAUAAUAUUCAUAGUCAUUUGUUAACUAAUUGUUACCGUCGAUACCAAGUAUUCUUUUUGUAAAUAUGUUAUAAUACUCAGUAGGAUCUGUGGGGUGUACCUGGCGAUCUGAGGCGUACGCGAAGGCGAAUGCUCUAUGGCUUUCAGCGAAUUUAUCAUUUCUGUAUUUAAUGCUUCGCUCGCGACUGGAAAACGUUUGGCUUUGCGUGCGCCUUAGGAAGUGGAUAUAAAGUUACAAUUUACCAAAAAUGAGCACUUAAUCAUAACAUAACAUAUAAUUUUAUAUCCACUUCUUACUGGACUUUUAUUUGUGUCCGUUUUAGUACAUUAAUUAUAUUUCAAAAGUUAUUGUUUUGAAAUUUAAUAAUUGAUUCUUGAUUAAAUUAAGUGAUAUUAUAUUAUGGCCGUUCCAAAUUUCUGAGGCACGAUAAAGACUUUAUUCUGUUCAUAGACAGACGUGGGCUAUUUUGUUUAUAAAAAUCGAAAUAACGACAAUGUUUUCUAAGAAAGCAUUUUUUAUAUUAUUAUUUUUAUUAUUUGUUUUGUCUAAACGAGGCUCAAGUUCGGAACUGUUUCGGACGUUAAGUACAAGAGUAUUUUUAUAUUUUUAUUGUGACUAUUAGAAGUCUUAGCAAUUAUAUGAGUAAAGAAAUAAACUUUGAAUUUUA